UUUUGAGUUCAGUAGCACAUAUUCAUCGACUUAUUAGUGUUUAGAAAAUAAGGAAACGAAGAAUUCCGACAAGAAACCCUUAUAAUCAGUGGUAUGCUGAUCAUAAGGAGAUGAAACUAAAUUUUAGGCAUAUUUUGCUAUUCGCAGCAUUUGUGUUGCUUUUCCAAUAUGGCAACGCCUUCAAGGAGUUCCAAAGCGACGAAGCAAAGUUGGCAAGAAAGCUUCUUGCUGAUUAUAAUCCCGAAAUUCGUCCGUACGGAAUGAGAGAAAAUGCCACUAAAGUUCGACUGGGUAUGACGUUAUCUCAAAUUAUUAGCGUGAAUGAAAAAGAUGAAGAACUUUCUACUUCCGUAUACAUGACACACGAAUGGAAUGAUUUUCGUUUGACUUGGAAUAAAUCUGAUUUUGGUGGAAUACACAUUCAUAGACUGCCAGCUGAUGACAUAUGGACACCUAGAAUUAUCUUAGGCAAUAGCAAAGAUGGAGAAUUUGACGUUUCACUGAGAGUUGAUACCCUGAUUCACAGUGAUGGAUCUGUGGAAUGGCUACCGCCCGCAUUGUAUAAGAGUUCAUGCAGUAUAGAGGUUGCUUUAUUCCCGUUUGACUGGCAAAACUGUACAAUGGAUUUUCGACUAACAACGUAUGAUAAAUCUGAGAUUGAAUUGGAAUUUGCUUAUGGCGAUGAGAUAUGGGUCGAUCCAGCAGCAUUUCAACCAAAUGGCGAGUGGGAUUUAAUACAAAAGCCAAUAAAAAUUCAUUCAUCUUAUCGAGAUGGAGCUGAAUUUCAAACGAUGAGAUUUUAUUUUAUCAUGCAAAGAAGACCGCAGUUCUAUGUAAUGAACUUGAUAGUGCCUUGCAUUCUAAUGACUCUCAUUUCGUGCUUCGUGUUUUUUCUUCCAUCUGUUUCAUGUGAAAAGAUGACACUUUCAAUUUCUGUUCUACUUGGCGAAACUGUUUUCCUUUUUCUGAUUGCUCAACGAAUGCCAGAAACAUCUUUAUCAGUUCCUCUUAUUGCUGGUUACCUUCUAUUUACAAUGACUUUGGUUAUUUGUUGCGUAAUAUUCAGUGUAAUUGUCUGUAACAUCCAUUACCGCUCAUCAAGAACUCAUUUAAUGCCAAAGUGGGUGAAGACAUUUUUUAUGGAUUUUCUUGCUCCCAUUCUUUAUGUUGAAAGACCGCCACAAGCACAAGAUGCCGUAAAAAAACCAACCAGAAACUCAAGAACAGAAAAACAUGUGAAAGACAUCCUUGAUCGUAAUGUACUACAAGCACCCAGUGAAGUUUUAUUUGACAAGCAGGCAAGACGUUACGGAUUCAAAGCAAGGCACGUGCAAAAUGCCACUGGAUUCAUUGACGUCAAUUCAACGCCAGAUGGCAAGGUUGACGUGUCAUCGAUACCUGCAGCCAUGACACCAUUACCAUAUCACUUACAAUGUCUUGUUACUAAUAUUAAAUACGUCUCGUCAUCAAUACAAAAGGAUCAAUUCGAAGAACAGGCAUGUGAUGAUUGGGCAUAUGUUGCUCUGGUUGUCGAUCGACUUCUGUUUUGGAUAUAUCUUGGUGUAUUUACGUUCGGAACUCUAGGAUUCUUCCUGAAAACAACCACAGCCUAUUACCCUACGUAAUUUCAACUUUAUCUGACGCAUCGUUUUUUUUAAAUUAUGCUUUCGCAUUAUUUAUUUGCUAUCUCAUUAAUAGAUGUAACCAGACUACUUUUUCAAAGACAUUUUUAUUUAUUUAAAAUUUUGAUACCCAAUAAACUAAAUAGUAUUAACGUUAAUAUGCAGACAUCAGAUUUAAUGCUGAUUUCUGAUCAAAAUUGUGCUCAACCGUAAUAGCCUUACAUCCCCGGUGUGGUAACUGGAGUACGAAUCAGCUUUGGUUUCUAUGUUCUGUAGCCAUACAAUAAAUGAAUAAAGUAUUAACAAGGUGAUUGAAAACAUUUUAGUCGAAAUAGGACUCAAGAAUAAAUAUAUUUUGAAAACUGAAGCCUUUUCUUUAUUUAAAUGUCUUUCAUUCGUGUUAUGGAAUGAAUAAAAGUAAUAUUUGUUGAUUUCCCUUAA